UCUCAAUUCCGGUACACGUUCUGUAGGCGGCUGUAAACAGCUGUAAAUAGGUGUUUAAUCCAGCCGUGGUUGCUAUCGUUUGAAGUGAUUUUUAAAUAAAGCAGUUAUAAAAAGAAAUAUGGCGUCCAAAGUUACUUUUAAAAUAACUCUUACUUCUGAUCCAAAACUACCAUUUAAAGUACUUAGUGUGCCAGAUAAUACACCGUUCACUGCUGUAUUGAAAUUUGCUGCUGAAGAAUUUAAAGUAUCACCAUCUACAUCUGCUAUAAUUACAGAUGAUGGAAUAGGUAUCAAUCCCCAGCAAACAGCAGGAAACGUUUUUCUUAAACAUGGAUCUGAACUUAGACUAAUCCCCAGAGAUCGUGUUGGAUGUAGUAGAUGAUUUACAAAAGUCACUAUCAAAUAAAAUGAAUGAUGACACAUCUUUUUGAAUUGUUCAUCCAAGUAUGGAUUAUUUUCUAAGAUAUUAAAUUAAGAUUUGUAAAUUAGUACAGGAA